AUGGAGGAAAAUGGAAGUAGUUACGAUGAUCGGCAGUUGAAAAAGUGUGUUGUGAUCGGAGGUAGGAGAUUCAUAGGCCGAUCGCUGGUGGAGAGGUUGCUCAAACUCGGUAAUUGGAUCGUCCGAGUUGCCGAUUCGAAUCCGUCACCUCAAAUCCUCCCUUCUGAGUCAAUCCUCUCUCGAGCCUUUUCCUCUGGCCGCGCCUCGUAUUUCCACGUCGACCCUCUCAAUAAGCCUCAAAUCAUCAAAGCUAUUGAAGGCGUGCCUGUUGUAUUCUUUACUGAUUCUACGGGUUCAUUCCCUUGUGAUUUCUGUUUUUGCUAUAAUGUUAUUGUUCAAGGUGCAAAAAACGUUGUCAAUGCUUGUCGAGAAUGUAAAGUGAAACGGCUAAUAUACAACAGUUCUGCCGAUGUAGUUAUUGACAUUACACGUGAUAUACUUAAUGGAGAUGAGUCCUUGCCAUACCCUGACCAAUUUCAGGAUAUUGUGGCCAGCCUUAAGGCUCAAGCGGAGGCACUGAUAUUAUCUGCAAAUGAUAUUGAUGGCCUUUUAACAUGUGCACUUCGUCCUUGCAAUGUGUUUGGACCUGGAGAUGAAAGGCUUAUUCCAUUUCUGGUGAAUUUGGCAAACUCUGGAUGGGCGAAGUUUAUUAUAGGAAAUGGUGCGAAUCAGUCGGACUUCACAUAUGUGGAUAAUGUUUCCCAUGCUCUUAUCUGUGCGGAAGAAUCUCUGGAUUCUCAAAUGGUUUCUGUGUCUGGAAAGGCUUUUUUUGUAAAUAAUCUGGAGCCAAUGAAGUUCUGGGAAUUUGUAUCUCUUGUACUGGAUGGCUUGGGUUAUCAGAGGCCCAUUGUCAAUGUUCCUGCAUGGGUGGUUCAGUAUAUUCUUUUGCUUAUGAAGUUGAUGCGUAUAAAAUUGAACGGUGGAAAGCUAGACUACUUUGUUUCAGUUCAUUAUGUUGCUAAUCUGGCUGCACACACAAGGACAUUUAGCUGUUCUGCUUCUCAAAAACAUAUUGGAUAUUCUCCAGUUGUUUCCUUAAAAGAAGGGGUAGCAUUAACUGUUGAAUCAUUCUCUUACUUUGCCAGAGACUCACCUUUCUCAAAGUACAAUAAAUCUGUUGAACAAUCAAAAGCGAACAAGCUCCUAGGUAGUGGGAAAGUUGCAGAUAUUUUGCUGUGGAGAGAGGAGAAGAAAACAUUUACUUGUUUUCUUUUGUUGGUUCUGCUGUAUUACUGGUUUUUCCUUACUGGGAGAACUUUUAUCUCAUCUGCUGCUAAGCUGCUGCUUCUGAUAAUCUCCGUGCUUUCUGGAUAUCAUAUGCUACCACCAAAUAUAUAUGGAUUUGCGAUUCCUAGAGUAUCAUCAUCUUGUUUUGAAAUCUCAGAAGUUGAUAUGCAAGAGAUAUUUUUAAUCAUGGCAUCUUUGUGGAAUUCACCGAGUCAUGUGGCAAGGAUAUUGGCCCAAGGAAAUGAUUGGAGUAUCUUCUUGAAGGUAUCAGCUUUGCUGUACUUUUGUAAGCUGAUGGUUUCACAUUCCUUGAUCAUAGCUAUUGGCGUAGCAUUAGUCCUUGCAUUCACCUUGUUCUUUGUUUACGAGCAAUACGAGGGGGAAAUUGAUGGAAUUGUGAAGGUCGUUUCCAGCAGGGCAAGGAAGGAGGUUUCAAAACUACCCAUGCCUUUGACCUCAAUUUUACCCGAGUGUAAACCUUUGGAAGAGAUGGGAUCUUCCCAACAUACAUUAGAUCAAAUCCCUAAUCAAGGAAAAUUAAGGAAGAUAAAAGCGGUACCUAAUGAUUGGACCAUUUGA